AUACGGGAAGAGAAACUUGCCCAAUGGUCACAUACGAAAAGAAAGAAAUAUUCUACUUUUUCAUCUUGUUUAGGCUUAUUAUAGGUGUUGAACGCUGCAGCAGUGGGUCAAAUAAUAGAUUAACUGUUAAGACUGGAGGAUCUGUCACCAUCCCAUGUCAUUAUUACAGGAAAUACACACAUCAGAAGAAAUACUGGCAUUCAGAAAAUAAUAAGUCCAGUACAUACACAAACACAACAGAGGAGAAUCUGUCAGUAAUUGAUCAUCCUGAUCAGAGACUCUUUACUGUGACUAUAAGAAACCUGCAGAGCACAAAACAUGAUGGAGGCUAUUAUUGUGCUCUGAAGAUUGAAGGAAAAACGACUGUCAUAUAUGAUCUUUAUCUCCAGGUUCAAUCUGCUCCUGAUGUGUCUGUGGUGAGCAGCAGUGUAUCUGGACAUGAAGGUGGUGGUAUCAGUGUUCAGUGUUUCUACACGUUAAGAUAUAAGAAUAAACUCAAACAGUGGUGCAGAUAUAAAGAUCAGAGCUGUUACACAGUGGGGAGGACUAACACAUCCCAGAAUUCAUCAGUCCAGAUCAGUGAUGAUGGGAGAAGUUCCUUCACUGUGCUGAUGACUGGACUGAGACUCACUGAUUCUGGCUGGUACUACUGUUCUGUUGGAGAGGCACUGAAUCCUGUUCAACUCACUGUAAUUGAGGCAGAACCAGGCACUGUCAGUGACACAGUAUGGCACAUGGAGCGUUUCUGUUUGUCACAGAACUAGAGGAAUUUUCUCCACAUCGACCUGAAGGAUCAAAUGAUUAUAAAAGUGUUGAUAAUAAGCUUUAUAUUCUGCAUUUGAUUUGUUUAUUUAACAGACUAGACUUACGGUAUCUGUGUGUGGAAACCAUUAGACAUCUGUGUUUGGUAAAUUACUCAU